AUGAUAGUUACAUUGGUAUCAAAUGCAUAUAUAACAGCGGUAUUUAUAGAUAGACUUGAUAAUAUUUAUUUUGUUAACCAAAACAAUAAUAGUGUUCAAAAAUUGAGUACUACAAAUGGCUUGUUAACAAUUGUAGCUGGUGGUAAUAUAGUUAAUGGUCCUCACGGCUUCGCUUUGAAUGAAUUGAACAAUCCACUUGGUCUUUAUGUUGAUCGCAGUAGCACAGUUUAUGUUUCCGAUACUUAUAACAAUAGAGUAAUGAAAUGGUUAGCAAAUGCUAAGAUCGGUAGUGUAGUUGCCGGGGGAGGGAUCUAUACUAGCGUUGGUGUUGGACGUGCGCUGAAUCAACUCAAUCUUCCUGUGGGUAUUUUUGUCGAUGAAAUUAAUGAGAUUGGUGCACUCUAUAUAUGUGAUUCAAACAAUUACAGAAUUCAAAAAUGGUUGUCCGGUGCAAGCGCAGGAAUAACUGUCGCUGAUGGAACUGGUGGUGCGCUUUUAAAUCAGAUUUCGCAACCAUGGUCAAUCAUUGUUGAUACCAAUAGUAUUAUGUAUAUAACCGAUCGGGAUAUGGGAAUGUAUGGUAAUGGUAAUCGUGUAAUGAAAUGGUUAUCAAAUGCACGACAAGGACAAGUGACUGCCGGGACUCAAUACGGUGUGGGUGCAGGAUCAAAUCUACUUCAUUCUCCACAAGGAAUUAAAUUUGAUUCAAGUUGGAAUUUAUAUGUGGCAGACUGGUAUAAUCACCGAGUUCAAAAAUUUAUUUUUAAUAAAUCAGUGAACACUAGCUGCUAA